GUUAGGUAGCCAUUUUUGAAACACAAACAAGUGAAGCGAGACUUCAUAUAAACACGCACCACCGAGUAAAUGAAUAAAUAAAUACAACGCGCCGCAUGGUUAGUUAACGUUACAAAACAUUCAGGAUGAUAGUGUGACACGACUAAAAAGAGCGUACCCAAGAAAGAAGAUUCAGUGUAAAAGGACGACUGUUUUUUUUAUAGCUCGCUAACGCUAGCUGGCUCGUUAGCUAACUACCGUUAGCAGUAUUAAGGAGUUGGAGGGAAAUCUCCACAGAAGAGUACAGUUCAGCACAACGGAGUGGUUGGGCCCCUGCUCAUCAGCGUUCCCACUCUUUUGAUCUUUCAUUAAGCGGAUUAUAUUACUGUGACUCUUUUCAGUAUCACUAGUAUUAUAGUAUUUUGGGGGGUGUUUUUUCUCUCCUAUUUUUUGGGCUGGUGGUUUCGGUGAUAAAUACCUCUCCCCAGUGCGUCCAUUCCUAGCUCCCUGACAGAGGCAGCUCUACUUUUUUUUGUCAGAGAACUAGCAGUGCCUAUAGGCUCCGCCGCUGCACACCCUGGCCUGACCUGAGUCAGCCCAAUUCAACCCGGUCCUUUCCUCUGGACAAGACACUUAGUGCCCUGUGCACAAGGGAAUAUGACUGCUGAGACACUGAACUUUGGCCCAGAAUGGCUCCGUGCGCUGUCCAGUGGGGGGAGUGUUACGUCCCCGCCCCCUUCGCCCGCCAUGCCAAAGUACAAGUUGGCCGAGUACCGAUACGGCCGGGAGGAGAUGUUAGCACUUUAUGUCAAGGACAACAAGGUUCCUGAAGACAUGCAGGACAAAGAGUUUGCUGCUAUUCUAAAGGAUGAGCCUCUUCAGCCGUUGGCCUUGGUGCCCCUGACUGAGGAGGAGCAGAGGAACUUCUCCAUGUCGGUGAACAGCGUGGCCGUGCUGAGGCUGAUGGGAAAGGGGAGCGGGGCCGCACCAGCAGGUGUGGCCAGGGGGCGAGGGAGCACGCGAGGCAGCCGAGGCCGAGGGAGAGGGGAAACUGGGUUUUACCAAAGAGGUUCCGAGGAUGGCGAACUGGGGUUCGGUCGUAGCGUGAGAGAAAUCAACCGCAGCCAAAGCUGGGAUGACAGGGGCGAGCGGCGCUUCGAGAAACCCUUGAGGAGGGAUGGGGUCCGUGCCGUCUUCGAGGAAGCAGGUUCGGCGCCUAGGAAAGAUUACACACGCUCCGACAGCGAGAACUGGCGCACACUGCGGGAGGACCAAGAAGAUGAAGAGGGCGAGUGCGGGGGCAGCUGGAGGCAGGCUGGGGCUCGCAGAGAUGGUGCGCAGCUUUGGGAGAUGGGGGUUUCUGCUCGGCGGCCUGUAGCCAGUCGCAUGCUAAUAUGCAUCAUUGUGUUUGGUUUCGCAGAUGGGGGUCCUCGCUCGGCGGGCUGGCGUGAGCUCGGCGGCUCUGGGGACGGCCGGCGGAAGAAGUUUGACUUUGAUUUCCGGGAGCCUUUGGAGGGGGGGCGCCGGCGAGGUAGUGGCGACGGGCCGGACGAGGAGAGAGACGGGCUUCCUGAAUGGUGCACGGAUGAGGAAGAAGGAGAAAUGGGCACCUUUGAUUCGUCAGGGGCCUUCCUGCCAAUCAAGAGCCCUAAGGAGCCCAUCCCAGAGGAGCAGGACCUGGAAAAAGAGGAUGGGGGAGGAGAGAGUGAAAGAGAAAAAGAUGUGCAGAGGGAGCGGAAGGACAGCAGCGAAGAGACGACAGAAACGAAGAAGGCAGGUGCAGGGAAUGAGGAGGAGGGACAGCCCAUGACACCUGCUUCCGCCUUCCAGCCCUCUGCAGACCCCGUGGAACCACAGACACCCCACAGCCCCCCCACCUCAGCCAGCUUGAAGCUGAACGAAGCGAGCGUGCCUGGUACCCAUGCUGCCCAGCUGAGCCCUAUUGCCGCCUCUGGCUCCUCCUCCUCUUCUGCUGCUACACACCUCCUGCCACUAGGGGGUGAUACUGAAGACGAGGAGGGCUUGAAGCACCUGCAGCAGGAAGCGGAGAAGAUGGUGGCAUCUUUGCAGGACAGCUCCCUGGAUGAGGAGAGCUUCACGCAGACCUUGCAGGACAGAGGCAACACCGCAGCCGCCCUGCCGCUAUCUCACGAGGCAGCCAUGAAAUGGUUCUACAAGGACCCACAGGGAGAGAUCCAGGGACCAUUCACCACACAGGAGAUGUCGGAGUGGUUUCAGGCAGGCUACUUCAGCAUGGGCCUGCUGGUGAAGCGUGGCUGCGACGAGGGCUUCCAGCUGCUCGGCGACGUCAUCAAGAUGUGGGGGCGUGUUCCUUUCGCCCCCGGGCCUUCCCCGCCCCCCCUGCUGGGCAACUUGGACCAGGAGCGGCUGAAGAAGCAGCAGGAGCUGGCUGCGGCAGCCCUGUACCAGCAGCUCCAGCAGCAACAGCAACAGCAACAACACCAACAGCAGCAGCAACAGCUCUUCCACCUCAUUAACAGGUGCAGUGAGCCGGCUGUGAUGCCUCUAGUCAGCAGGUCCAUGUCUAUGCCGGAGGCAGGAUCUCUGUGGGAAAUGCAUACCUCAGCUUCACAGCAGUCCGGCGGUGAAGCCAGUUUAUGGGACUUAACCAUGAAUUCAACUCAGGGUCCAACUCUCGACCAGCUGCAGAAGCUCCAGGAGCGACGCGAUGCAGAGCUCAGGGCAAAGCGGGAUGAGGAGGAACGGAAGCACAGAGAGGAGAAGAAGAGGCGCGAGGAAGAGGAGAUGUUCCGGAGGAAGCAGCAGUGCCGUCAGCAGCAGGAGCUGAUCCUGAAACUGCUCCAGCAAAGCCAGCAGCAGGGCGCCCCGGGGUGGGCCGGCCCAGGGGGCAUGGCGGCGGUCCUGUCCAAACAGCUGCAGCAGGAGGCCGAACGGCAGCUACACAAGCAGCAGAGGGAGCGGCACGGGCCACUGGGGGGGCAGUGGGGUGACACUGCCGGGGGCCUGUGGGCCGGGACGGGCCUGGAGGGCAAAUCAGGGGGCAGCGGCGGGAUGGGUCUCUGGGAAGAGGCCAUCAAAAAUCAGACAGGCCUGCGCAGCCUGGGCCUGAAGAACAGCCGCAGCAGCCCACCAAUCAGCGAGCCUUAUCUGAUGGCCCGGCGAAAGCGCACAGAGGAGGAAGAGAAGCUGCUGAAGCUGCUUCAGGGCAUGAAGCCGCAGGACGGCUUCACCACGUGGUGCGAGCAGAUGCUGCACGCGCUCAGUGCCAGCACCAGCACCUCGUCCUCGCUCGACGUGGCCACCAUUGUGGCGUACCUGAAGGAGGUGGAGUCUCCUUAUGAAGUUCACGACUGCAUCCGCUCCUUCCUGGGAGACACCGUGGAAGCCAAAGAGUUUGCCAAACAGUUCCUGGAGCGCCGUGCCAAACAGAAAGCCAACCACCAGAGGCAGCAACAGCAGCUUUCCAAGGAGUUGGCAGGACUGGCUAUCAACUUCCCACUGCAGGACUCCAUGCGGGGUGUCAGCUCUAGCGCCCUGCAGUCCAUGUUCCAGUCAGCCCACGUGGGGAAGGGGGGGCUGUACGACAGCCAGGGAGCCAAGAUGAGGAAGAAACAGCCCGUGAUGUUGCACUCGGACCCCAGUAUUUUAGGAUAUUCGUUCCAUGGCGGAGACCAUCUAAGUUUGGGCGAGAUGGAGCCAGUAGAAGAGUACUGACCCAGAGCAAUAUCUUCCCGAGGCCUUCAGACAAGCACACCGGCCAGGCGUGUGCACAGCUAGGGCAGAGAGGACAGCAGGCCUCUGCUGCUCCUGGACCAGCAGGCCUCUGCUGCUCCUGGACCCAGGCUGGCACUUAAUACAGUAAAGCACCUUAAAAUGACGCACUUUAUCCUGGGGGGGUUGAGUAUGGGACUCUGCGUGUGCAGGUCGCCUGCCUGCCUGCAUGCGAGCGAGUGAGUGUGUGUGUGUGUGUGGUGUGUGUGUGUGCGCGCGUGUAUGUCGGUGUGUGUAUAUGCUCACACUAUAUGAAUAUACACACAUGGGCGCGCAGUAACUGGAAUGCAGACGAGUGACUGCAGUAGGGGGCAUUUUCUACUUGUCAGAAAGCAGAUUCUUUCUUGAAAGAUACACUGUUUUGUUUUUUUUAAGUUUAUAUAAAAGUUGAAGCUAUAAAAUGCUGAAUUUAAAAACUUGAAGAUUUGCACUUGUGUUAAAAAAAUCUGACUAAAUUUAUUAGAUGUAGAGAUGGAUAUUUUUGUUAUUUGUGUGCACGCAUGUUUACGAGAGAGUGUGCUAACUACUCUGCACAAGUUUUUUUUUUUUUGCUCACUGAGAUCAUGUACAGUACAAGGCCAUUUUCAUUGUGUUCAGAUGAAAAUCUGAGUUCUUGAAGUGUAUGUAUGUAUGUGAUAAAUGCUGGGUGGUGGGGGGAGGGGUAGUAGCUGAAGCACCACCAGUUCCCGCAUUCACCUGUUCCUUGGUGCUGUAGUGCUGGUGUAUGCCAGUAGGUGGCGACUGCGCUCUCCCUUUAACUUUCCUGUGACUGCCACUCCAGGUUGUGCAAGUGUAUGUCCCCGUUUCUCUCAAAUCGUUGUGUAACAAAUUUGUAUUACUGUCAGUCUGUGCUUCAUGUUAACCAUGCAAAGGUGAGUGUGUGUGUGUGACAGUGUGUGUGUGUGGGCGUGCCCAAAAAUGCGCGGUGGUUUGCCACCAGGCAGGGCAGUGCUUUGGCAAGGUAUUGAAAGUAUUGGCCUGAGACUUGGGGCACUUUCAGGGCUGCUACCUUGUUUUUGUUUUCAUUUCAUGGCCUCUGAUAAAUGCAUAUGUUUUUGUGAUGCUGAAUGUAUUCCAAAAAAGACAAGAGUGUGUGGAGGCAAGAGGGAGCAACGACAUGCAGAAGCGAACUGUACAGACCGCAGGCUGUAGAACGAGGCUCCGUGAUCCCGGAACCCGUGGGCUGGGGGAGCGGGACCGCGAGCCCCCGCCACAGGGCCCCUGCCACCCGCUUAGGGGAGUCCUGCUUGUUUACACACAUUGAUUUCAGUUGGUGCAUUUUUGUUUCUUCUGAGACGUCAUGAAUUGGAGAUGAGACAGGCGGAGUUGGAUGUACAGACAAUACUCCACCCAGCGAUCACGAGGGGAUCUGGCCCUCGUGUGGAACAUAAAGGAUCUGUUUCUCAUUAAGCUCAUAUGGAAAAUUUAGGGUGGGGUGGCAGUUCAUUGUGUCAUUUAUUUAUUUGCUGUUUUUUUUUUUUCUUUCUUUCUGUGGUUUGAAAAGUUAGUGCAGGAGGAUUUUUCUCCCUAAAUGAGAGUAAAGGAGCGUUUGGUACUUCACCCACAUUACUUUUUUUUUCCAUUUUUGUUUUUUACCAUAUCCGUUUUUUUUUUAUUAUUAUUUAACUUCUUACCCACCUUUUUUGUUUGAAAGAAACUAAAGAACAUUAGAAGCACGGAAGUUUUCUCCACCUCUGCCAGCUGACGGACAGCUUGGAGCGCGAAUGGCUGGUCCCUCAGCUUCGGAGCGGCUUUCUGCCCUUUUUUAAUGAGUCUGCCCAGCUCAGAUAGAUGCCCCCGGUCAGGCUGCCAGCUUCUCUGUGCCCUCGGCCAGCUUGCGGAAAGGGAAGAAAUCCUCUGAGGCGCAGUGCUGGGGGAUGGUACCCAGCAGUAGUACCCCGGCCCGUCAAAGGACAGCGACCAGACCUGACGCAGCUUACUUACAGACCAGUACACACGUACGCUGAAUGCGGGCGGUUGAGGGGGGGCAUGUAACAUAUAUGUGUUUUAUGGGGGCAGCAAAGGACUGGAACAGCCCCCACCCCAUCUGUCGCAUCAUUUCAGAACCUCAGCUUCCUCCUGAGAACCAGUGAACAGCAGGCUGCAGAAGACUGUCUGAAGUGAGGACCUUACUGGGACAUCAUGUCAGGUCUGCAGCAGUGCGGCCUUCUGGAGAGAGAGGUGCUUCUACCCAAAAAGGCGUUCUUGGAAUGGGGCAGAGACUAUGUAGAAGAGCUCAGGCAGAAUAUCCCUGGGGGGGGGGGCACCUCACGUCAAACCCUGCAGUCUGUUACUCCAGUUGUACUGUGGAGGGGGGGCAGGGCAGACAGACUGUGCCCCCUACCGUAGAGGACUCGCACAAGGCUUGGUCUCAAAAAAAAAAAACGAGUCUCUGGUUCCUGACACCAGCUUGUAUUUGUAAAUAAUGUAAUUUUUUUUUAGUUGGAGGGGGGAGGGGUGAUAGUGAUUUAAUUUGGUUGACAUGCCUUAACUGUAUAGAAACAGCCUUGGUCCUGAUUCUCACUGAUUCUUGGUCCUGUUUUUGAGGUGAAACGCGGCACGUUGCUCUGUCCCUCUUACAAAUGCAUCUGCGUACUGUGUUGCACACUGGCUUACAGUCCCGAUGCGGGUGCAUUCACGAAGGGCCACCUAAUUCUGUGAACUCCUAUGUGUGCUCUCAUUUUCAAACGCAGUUACGUGUGGCUGUGCUACCCACAAUCCUCUGGGCUGUCCGGUCCCAACUGGAGCUGAGCUGACUGAGACCUUGGGGGGUGACGGCCACGUCAGGCUCGGUCUUCAUGCUGAUGCCAUUGCAGGGAGCUCAGAUAGGAGGGAGUGUAAGAGAGCAUCGUCUCCAUAGGAUGGGGAGCCUGAAUCUUUUAGCAGAAGCCUCAGGCGCUGCCCAGUGCGAUUUGCAUCCCAUCAGUCUUCUGUGUUCAGUAUAGAAAAACUGUCUUCUGUGACGCCGAACUGAAUGAUCUGUCGCUGUCUGUCUGUCUUGUUCUGAAUGUGAAUAAUUUCCUUUCUGUUUAGCAUUUGUUCCUGUGGAUGCUUGUUUAUUUUAAGCAUUUUUUUUUUUAUUAUUAUAAAGUUGGGGGGGAGGUUUUAGUGAUGCUUGGGCAGCAGUGUGUUGGGGGGGGGGGAUCUGUUAGUAUUCUGCAUUCUUUCAGGGAUGUGUGUUGCUUCCUUGCUUGUUUAAAGAUGCCCACUGUGCCCUCAGCACUGUAUCCUGUGUGUUUUUUUUUCUUUUGCCAUGUCAGAAAAUAUUGUCUUGUUCCUUCUGAGCUCCUGCUGUGAGACCAUUUUAAGGUCUGGACAAUUCCAUUUCAAUUCCAUUGGAAUUAUUGUGAGACUGGACAUUUCCUAGAAUUGCAGUUUGCUGUGGUGCUAAAAUGGUGUUAUUGUGGAAUUGGAGUGGAAUUGUGCGCUUCUGAGGUGUCUUGCGGCAAAAGACGUGAAUUUUACAGAAAGGAAAUUAAGUCAGAAAGCAUUCUGAUAUUAACAACCACCCCCCUCCCGAAAUCAGUCGGCUCAUCUCCACUGACUUAUAAACCCUAUGAAGGUUUUAAAGAUGGAACACAAAUAACACGGAAAACAAAAUGAACAACCUACAGUUAAAUAGUUUGAGAACAAAAAUGUAAAACAAUAAACUGAUUUAAGCAUAAA